CACGUGAAACAGCUUGUCAUGUGAUCAUGUGUACUGAAAAUGGCAGCUACGGGGGAGGAGGCCGCAGCGAUGGACAGCAUCUGUAAAGCACCCGCUCCUCCGACCGACCUCAACCUCACAGCCCAGCCCGAGCCCAGGAAAGAGGCGGCCACAAGCGACGCGACAGAGACCCCAAAAGCCAAAAGACCCAGUAAUAACAAUGAAGGAGGUGUGGAGACUGCAGAGGAGGCCACUGAACCCGCUGAGCCAGAUAUCAACGAGCUCUGCAGAGACAUGUUUGACAAAAUGGCAGUUUUCUUACAGGGAGAGCUCACUGCCACCUGUGAGGACUACAAACUCCUCGAGAACAUGAACAAACUCACCAGUCUGAAGUACAUGGAGAUGAAGGACAUAUCCAUCAACAUCAGCCGCAAUCUGCAAGAUCUCAAUCAGAAAUAUGCCGGUUUGCAGCCUUAUCUGGAUCAGAUUAACCAGAUCGAGGAGCAGGUUACGGCUCUGGAGCAGGCUGCAUAUAAACUAGACACAUAUUCAAAGAAACUAGAGGCCAAGUUUAAGAAACUGGAGAAACGGUGAAAAUGGCCUUCAGUAUAGUCAUCCUCAAAAUGUUACUCAGAGAGUGUUUGUUUUAUGCACUAAACAAUCUUCAGAAAGAUAUCACACACACACACAAAUGUACGAUACACACUAUGGCAUAUUCAUAGUCUCUAGACUGUGCAGCAAGUAGCAUUAAUUCCCAUAUUGAAUGCUCAUUUAUUGAUCAUUAUAUACUUUGGUUUUGGAAAAUCAGGCAAGACUGCAAAGAGCAGGAGUAUAAAGUUUGACAUGCGUUCAUACUGACUCCUGAUCUUAAAAUACAUAUUUAAGAUUUCAAAAAGCAUGAAUACAGAUAAACCUGUACAGUGUAUUUAAAAGUGCUUGUUAUAUGUUGUUAAAGACUAUUUUACCAUUUUUUUUUUUUUUUUUUCUGUUUAAGAGUGACCUAAUGACUUUUUUGUAUGUUUGCAGUUAGAAAGGCGAAUGUUUUGUUAAACAUUUGUAUUACUGUUUAAUUAUUUUCAAAAUCUUAACUAACCUAACUAAAAUGUCAAUUUGUGAGCUUUUGGAAUAAAAAAAAUUAAAAUACAAAGUGA